UAUGUUUACUACAAUGUGCAAUGACAGUUCUCUAAUCAAAUGUACUACAUCGCAUACAUCACAAUAACACAUGUGCUAGGUGAAAUUGAUUAUAAAACCAAUUAGUUCUGCAAAUGAUCGUCUCAAUUCAACUGGACAGAGAGGAAAGGAAAGCAAAUUGGACUCAUCAUUUGGUGUCCCUCAACAGUAGACGUCUAUUCAUCAGCCAUUUGGUUCAUGGAGAUUGGGCUACCUCUACAGCGCGGACAGCGCUGGGGGCUGGAGCGCAUUUCGCACAUGAUUACGUUCAUACGUUGACUAAUUUCAGUCAUCCACUCGGCACUGAAUAAACAGCACCGCCCCAAUCUCCCCUUGGUUGUUUGUUUUAAGUGAAGAGCGAUCCAUCGCAGAGCGCCGGGCUCGAUUGACACUGUCUGAUGAUCUGCUACUGCGGCUGGCUCAGAAUAACAAGGCUGCUUGCUAAUACCCGUCUAUCGGGGCUUUCGCCAAAACACCGAGCGAAUAGGAUCCAAAAAAGCCAACAAGGCAAGCAAGAACGCCGCGCCGCCGAAGUCCGCACCACAGGAUGGCUUCGGGAGACCUUUACGAGGUGGAGCGGAUCAUGGACAAGCGGCGCAACAAGAAGGGCAAGUGGGAGUACCUGAUCCGGUGGAAGGGUUAUGGCAGCAAGGAGGACACCUGGGAGCCCGAGCACCACCUGCUGCACUGUGAGGAGUUUAUCAACGGCCUGCAUCUGCACACCCAACACAAACAACCCAAACCUCCCAAGCUACCCGCCGGGACGGCAAGGGGACCAUGGAGGCCCGGAGGGCCCCCAGGGGGGGUUGGACCACACCUCCUAUCUGCCCGUCCUCCCGCCCCAGACACCCCAAGAGCACGAGCAGAGGCACGUAAGAAGAAAAGGACUGGUGUUAGUCCAGGGGCCGGGGUUAAUCCUGGGGCAGGAGUAAGGGAGGGCAUGGGUUUGGGGGUUGGUACUGGAGCUUCUCAGAGGCAGAAGAAGGUGAGCGGAGGAGGAGGAGGGGGGGGGAAGCAUGUUUCUCCACACAGGAUGACCAAAGCUAUGCCGUACAAGGCUCCUCCGGGGGGACUGCAGUUUGUGCCCCCGGUAAGGGCCCCUCAUAACGGACUACAGAACGGAGAGAUGGACCAUGUCCUGUACAGGGCAGCAGCCGGGACACACAGACUGACCCAUGACACGGAGAGGGUGAUGGGGGGCGUGGAGACACCACGGGUCAAUGAAAUAGGCUCCACACUCUCCAACGGUGAGGUGAAUCUGCACAGCUCUGUGAAGAGGAAGCUUGGAGAGGACAAAGGCUACGUGUUCCACAAGCGGCUGAGGUACAACGUGCGGCAGAACGAGAGCAACUGUCGAUUCCGUGACAUUGUCGUCAGGAAGGAGGAGGGCUUCACGCAUGUGCUGCUAUCCAGCCAGACGUCUGACAAUAACGCACUAACACCAGAGAUAAUGAAGGAGGUGUGUCGGGCUCUAGGGAACGCAGCAGCUGAUGACAGUAAGCUGUUGCUGCUCAGUGCUGUGGGGAGUAUCUUCUGCAGUGGCCUGGACCCGUCCUACCUGAUAGGACGUCUCUCCACAGACCGACGGAAAGAGAGCAGCCGCAUUGCUGACGCUGUACGAGACUUUGUGCUGGCGUUUAUCCACUUUAAGAAGCCCAUCGUGGUGGCCAUCAACGGGCCUGCCCUGGGCCUGGGGGCCGCUAUCCUGCCUCUAUGUGACGUGGUGUGGGCCAGCGAACGGGCCUGGUUCCAAACGCCCUGUGCCGCCCUCCGCCUCACCCCCUCUGGCUGCUCCUCCUACACCUUCCCCCAGAUCCUGGGAGUGGCUCUGACCAAUGAGAUGCUGUUCUGCGGGAGGAAGCUCACGGCACAGGAAGCCUGCAGCCGGGGCCUGGUGUCACAGGUAUUCUGGCCAACCACGUUCAACCAGGAAGUGAUGCUGCGCGUGAAGGAGAUGUCCACCUGCAGUGCUAUGGUUCUGGAAGAGUCUAAAUGCCUGGUGCGGAGCAUCCUGAAGUCUGUUCUGGAGGAGGUGAAUGAGAAAGAGUGUCAGAUGCUCAAACAGCUGUGGUGCUCCACCAAGGGACUGGAGGCGCUCUUCAGCUACCUGCAGAACAAGGUGUAUGAUAACUGACCUCUCACCUCCACACAGCUGCAGAAAUAUCUAUGGGCCACGAGAUCUGGUCUUCAGUUACCUACUGAGCAACAUCCCUGAAGAUAUAGGGCUUUGAUCUUCAAUUACCAACAGUCUUCUUUAACAACCAGCAGAGCGUAGUUUGCCAGUCUCCGAGGCCUUAGCUCCGCACGUCAACAUCUGGGCCUGCAGAGCACCACCAUCAAUGUUUGUUUUACUUUGGUCAUCCCUCAACUUCCCUGCCUGUAAGAGGGGAUCCGCAAAGCAUCAACUUCUGGAGAGGAUUCAUUCUGCGUUCAUAAUGGCCUACCGGGAGUCCAGUGACCGUGAACAAGGCUCUUCAGGAAACGCAUACACAGCAGCAGAAUGUUGUGGGAGUGCGUGGAGGCAAAAGAGCUCAUCUGAUGGCUGUCAUUGUUCAAUUAUUUAUUUGAAAAUGUAUUUAGGUUUGAUCCUAAAUACAAAAAAAGCAUACCAUGUGUAUAUAUUUUCUAUUAGUCUGCUGCUGUUUUUUUUGUAUCUUGCUUUAGUCUUUCUGUUUUGAGGGGAAGUGUCCUCCUGGGCUCUGAGGUGUAGUGAAAAUCAAUACUAUGCUUGAGGUCAGAGUGAAACAGAUUUUCUCACUUUACAAUGCAGUAACCCUGGCCAAAGAAGUAAAUAAUAAUUGAAGUGAAACCUGUCCAUUGAAUUAGGUGUGGUGUAAUAGGAGGGCCACUGGGGAAGAGUUAGAGGUAGGUAAUGCCCAAUGAUACACACCCAUAAGUGGGAAGUGACUGUGAAUGGGCAGUGUUGACAGUGAACUCUUUCUGGAUUUAUAUAGACCAUUUUGCGAUGCUCUUUUGGAAGUGUUUAUUCAAUUGCUUGUAUUUGGUUUGUCAGUAAGGGUGUUUGACCUCUGAUUGAAUGUGAAUAUAUAGAAGGGCCCUCUUUGACCACGACCAACACUCCCAUAGAGAACCAGAGCUGUCUGAUUGCAUCUUUUCAUUAGAAUGUGGAGACUGUCAAUAGAUCAAAAGGAGACCUCUCCCUGGGAAAGGGAGGAAAGAGAGAAUGGGGGUGAGACCUAUGUCAUCGUUAUUAUAUCAGCAGCAACAUGUGCAGCGUCAUCAUUAUCUUCAAGGUACAUAUAUGACAUGUGUUACAGUGCAAAGGUGUAGCGGGAGUGGUUUGCUUAUCUACUCUUCUGUGUUGACUAACCUUGCCUGAGACCUGAAGACUUCUUUUGGCUCCCAGAGCUAAUGCCCGGCCUUCAGCUCAGUGGGCUACUGCAGUCUUGAAUCGUGAAGACGACCAGGGUUUGAUACCCCGUUGAUUAUAUUGGCAUGUAUAUUACAUUGUGAAGAGUGUAGCUAUGAUAUUUGGACAGAUAAUUAUUUUGAUAUUACCUUGCAAUCGGUUAUUAGUGAGACAUUGUGUAUUUUUGUAACCACAGAAAGAUGUUUUGUCCCAAAUUAAUCACUGCACUUUUCGUUUGUUGGCUGUCUGUGUUGUGAAGAUGCAGUAGUAGUGCAGCUGAAGCAGAUAAUACCUGCAUGUGAUGAUGGCUUCAGGAAAUGGGAAAUGUAUAUCUACAUAUAUUGUAUGUAUGGAUAUCUAUUUUUGGUUUACCCAAUAAUGAAAUGUAGUUUUGUGGAAAUUGUUUUGUAUCAUUCAGGAAGUGGUGGGUUUUUGCAGUUGUAUACAUUUAUGAACCAUGUAGGUGUUAUAUGGUGUAACUAUAUGCAUGUACAAUAUUGUAGAUACGUGUGUUGCCUGUCAAAAUAUGUUACAUUUCAGGGUAUGUUUUGUAUUGCCAUAGUAAGCAAUGUUAGAAAUCUUGCACAAUUAUUAUUUGUAUUUAUUUAAAGUUAAUGCUCAAGUUCCCCUUGGGGCUACAGUGCCAUAAUGUUUCCCUUUCCAUUUACAUUUAAGUCAUUUAGCAGACGCUCUUAUCUGUUCCAGAUAUUCUCAGUAAAUUGUUUUUUUCCCUAUAUCUUCCCUGUGUGAUAGUGGUGAUACAACAGACACACACCAAAAACAUGGUUACAUGAAGCAUCAUUAUUUUUAAAGGCUGUUGAUAACCACUCUAUGCCAAACUUUGAAACAUUUAAAGUAAUAUUGCUAUUAACAGCUCUGACAAAUCAAAGCUCUAUCAAUUUCUAAUCAACCAUUCCCAAUUAUAUUUGAGUAACACUUUCCCUGAAUUUCCCUAAUUUAUGUAUUAUUUGCGUGUUGAUCAGUAUAUUGCUAAAGUAUAGUGUAAGAUUAAAUGUAUACUAAUAUAUUCAAGAUUUGAGUUUUGCCUGUACCUCUCCCCAACCUUGUCUCAAGAGUAUUUUGUCUUAUUAUGUACGUAAACCCAUACACUCCAUUUAGUAUGCUAUGUUACUUCUGUAUGGUAUGUAUUCAUUUGUGGAUGUCCAUCAACCGUUCGUAUGAUCUGUUACGAAUUUGCUAAAUGUACAUGUUCCGAAUUCUAGCUAGGUGGUUAACAUUAGCUAGCUGGCUAACAUUAGCUGAGGUUAGGGGUUAGUAUUAAUUUUGGGAAGGGUUAGCUAACAUGCCAAGUAGUUGCAAACUAGCUAAAAAGUAGCGGAAAAGUUACUAAUUAGCUAAAAUGCUAAACUUGGUCGUGAUGAGAUUUGAACUCACAACCUUUAGGUUGCUAGACGUUCAUGUUAUACACCAACCCAUCCACCCCACACAAACUCUUUUUUUGCCUUAACCUGUUACUCCUACCCCCUACUUUUUAGAACAUUCUGUUAAAAAUCGCGCAACAUUUCAGCGCCCUGCUACUCAUGCCAGGAAUAUAGUAUAUGCAUAUGAUUAGUAUGUGUGGAUAGAAAACACUCAAACGUUUAUAAAACUGGUUAAAUCACGGCUGUGACUAUAACAGAACGUGCGUUUCAUCGAAAAGCGCAGGAAAAUCUGAUCACUGAAAAUGCGAAAAUAUAUCCAUGCGCCACUAGAACCCAUUGUUGAAUGUGAACCACAUUAAAUGGGGCCGAGGUUGCAAUACCUACAGCUUCCACACGAUGUCAACAGUCUUGUCAUUUGCCUACGAUUUGUUUCUUGGUCAAACGGGCACAAGGUAGCGCCUUUCUUCCGGUCUCCGACCGGAUAUUUUGGUUGAGAUUUACCCGGACAUUAUUUCCAGACGUACAGCUAUAGAAUAUACAUUGCCUCGUGAUCAAUUUGAUCGCUUAUUAACGUUUACUAAUACCUAAAAGUUGCAUUACAAACAUAUUUCAAAGUGUUUUGUGAAAGUUUAUCGUCGACUUUUUUAAUUUAAAAAAAUGACGUUACGUUAUAAAACGCUAUUUUUUUCAUUGAUCACAGUCUUCAUAGAUCGAUAUAGACUAUAUAUGGACCGAUUUAAUCGAAAAAAAGACCCAAUAGUCAUGUUUAUGGGACAUCUAGGAGUGCCAACAAAGAAGAUGGUCAAAGGUAAUGAACGUUUUAUAUUUUAUUUGUGCGUUUUGUGUAGCGCCGACUAUGCUAAUUAUUUUGUUUACGUCCCCUGCGGGUCUUUUGGGGUGUUACAUGCUAUCAGAUAAUAGCUUCUCAUGCUUUCGCCGAAAAGCAUUUUAAAAAUCUGACUUGUUGCCUGGAUUCACAACGAGUGUAGCUUUAACUCAGUACCCUGCAUGUGUAUUUUAAUGAACGUUUGAGUUUUAACGAGUGCUUUUAGCAUUUAGCGUAGCGCAUUUGCAUUUCCAGAUGUCUAGAUGGGACGCCUGCGUGUCGGGUAGGAGCAAGUGGUUACGUAAACAUCUGUCUUAUGUAACAAUACCAAACGUAACAUAUCAUACAAAUUUGUAUCUCAGUUUACAUUUACUUUGAUACGUAUAGUCUGAGACCAGGCUGCUCUCCCAGGACCCAAAUAGAGUAACAUUGUGUUUGAAUGAAUCAUUUGAAGUAUAACCGUUAUAAUUCAUUUGUUGAGGACUUAUCCUUGAAAAUGAUGAAUGGCCCUGUAAGCCAUGUGUUUAGGUUUAGUUUGUAAACUCCUAUCAACACCAUAUGAUGUUUCUAUGCAUCUUCCAAGCAUUUACAAACCUAUUACAUGUUGAGUUUCUACUCCUUUCUCUCGUCUAAAAUCACACCUCGGGGUGCCUUAGAAGUUGUAUCUUUUGUCUGUAGGAUGCUGUAUCCAUAUGUUGUGAGAGUUUGGGGAUCGAGCUGCUUUGAAUAAACUAUGACAUUAAUUUAAA